UGCUGCUAUGGAGUGAUGAUUGAUCUGGAGCUGCCAAGAGAAGUAGCCUCUCUUGGCGAUGGAGUCUUCAGACUCGAUUACAAUCCUCCACAUGGCUCACCCUUACCAAACUUCACUCUUCUUGCGAGUGAAGCAUCUAAAGGAAUUAAACUGUCUGAAUGUCUUCCUGGUACAGAAUAUAAUAUCCACUUGUACUACACUAACAUAUCUCUCACAAACUGGCUAGCAUGGUCCUCUGUUGUAGCAACAGAACCAGACCCACCUGUAAAUCUAGCCACAGAAGUAGCCACGGGAAAAGUUGUAAACUUGUCAUGGGAUCCUCCAAGCCAAGGUGGCCAUACAGGCUACAAGUUAAAUAUAAUUCCACUUUCGGACAAGGAUGACGCAGUAGUGCGGAAGAUUGAGCUUACUGAUGAACCAGCACCUUUCAAUCUUCGAGACCUCACUCCUGGAGCCACUUAUGAGAUUCAGUUAUAUUCUUUAUUCAAGGAAAAAGAGUCUUCGGUGUUUGUAGCUUCUAAUUUUACUACAAAGCCCAAUACCCCUGGUAGAUUUAUUGUGUGGUAUCGAAAUGAGACGACGCUACUCGUAUUAUGGCAACCUCCUUACCCUUCUGGUAUUUUUGACCAGUAUAAAGUGAGUAUCCAGCCACCUGAUGCUAUUCAGUCAGAUUUAUAUGUAGACAAGGAAGGACAACCUCUAGGACCAGCACAGGCUGCUUUCUGGGGUCUUGUUCCAGGAAAAGCAUACAAUAUAUCAGUUCAGACUGUCAGUCAGAAUCAGAUUAGUGACCCUACAGAGGCCACGUACAGAACAGUUCCCCUUCGACCUAGCAACAUAAGCUUUCCUCCUGAAGCAGUUGCUCCUUACUCCUUCAGCGUCUUAUGGUCUCCACCCAAGACUCCUUCAGAAUUUGAUCGAUACCAAGUUGCCAUGAGUGGAAGAAACAUCAAGUGGAAAGUGGUUGGUAAAGAUGAAGACAGGAUUGCCACCUUUAGCAAGGAUCUCAAACCUGGACAGACAUACGAGGUUAUUGUAAAGACUGUCAGUGGCAAUGUUGCCAGUUGGCCAAUUACUGGCAAUGUUACAACACAACCAUUAACUGUUGAAGAGCUAAAUGCAACUUCUGAUGAGAUAGGAGAAAUCUGGUUGACAUGGCAACCAAGCAAUGACAGCAUUCAGGACUCUUAUGUGAUUAAAUACCAUGAGCAAGAAGCCUUUAACAGUGAUGGAAGUGCUGAAGUGGUGAGAGAAACAGAAUACAAGUUAAACCACUUGUUGCCAGGGAGAAACUAUUCUGUUACAGUUUUAGCUGUCAGUAAUAAUGUAGGAAGCGAGCCAGCUACUGUCUAUCAAACUACACGCCCUGCAACACCUGUGAUUGAAAUCCUUGAACCAUACAAGUCUGAUCUGAAUGUGUCAUGGAAGUCUGACGUGACCAGCCGACAAGAUUCUUAUGCUGUGGUUUAUUAUAGAAACGACACCCAAGAGAGGAAGGAAGAGACAACUAUGAAUAACUGGUUGAUUCUCGCUGGUUUAUAUCCAGGAGCUGGCUAUCAAAUAAAGGUGUAUGCUGUGAGUCACGGCCUUCGAAGUGAUCCACAUUCUUACUUUCAAACUGUUCCUCCUAAGUCACCUGAGAACUUCCAGAUAGUAAAAGCAAGUAAUUCUACCAUGAUCCUGACAUGGAACCGUCCGGCUAAUUCCCUCAUAGACCAUUAUACUGUAAGAUACAGACCAACAGACUCAACUUUCUGGAGGGAAAUGGGUGUUGUGAACACUACAUCCUGUGAGAUUCGAGACCUAGUAGCUGGAGAAAGAUAUAUCAUCAGAGUGGCAUCUGUUAGUAACAGGGUUGAGAGUGUGGAAGUUCGAGAGGAGAAGCAGACAAUGUACCCAAACUCUAUCAGACAUGUUCGUCACAUCAUUGAUUCUCAGAACAUUACAUUUGAGUGGUUGGUUCCUGCUGGUCGGGUAGACUACUACAUCACAGUCUACAAUGCAGUUAGAGACCCUCUAGCACAGAAUUCACAGCAGAUACCAGCCAAUGGUUCUAAAACGGGAGAUACAGUCAGUGUAAUAGUUGAAAAGUUGAAACCUGGAGAGCUGUAUUCCUUUCGCUUUUAUGCUGUUAGCCACAACCUUAGAAGUGAAGGAAUUGGAAUUCAGACUAGAACAAUGCCUGUCAUUGAUUCUGUGAUAAACAUAGUCACAGAUGAACAUGAAACUCGGACACUGGGUAUCAAAUAUACCCCAACACCAACUCGAAAUGUAGUGUUUGACCGGUACCGCUUCCAGCUCAGUGAUUCCUCAGUUCCUGCACAGGAAAAGCUCUACAAUGACACAAAUCGGUUAGUUAUCUUUGACAACCUUGUACCAGGACGGCUUUACAACCUAACCAUCUGGACCAUCAGUGGAGGCGUAUACAGUGUGCCCAUUUACAGACAAGCAAGAUUGUAUCCUAAACCAGUAACAGAAGUGACUGCACUCAGUAUCACAGAUGUGGACAUAACUUUAAGUUGGGAUGUAACACCGGGAGACAAGGAUGGGUACGAAGUUCAGUAUCUGGAUCACCAAGGGCAACUAAGACAAAACAUCACGGUUGCAGAAAAAAUAACCUACAACAAUCUACGACCACAUUAUAACUACACGUUUUUAGUUACAGUUCUUAGUGGCUAUGGUACGUCUACAGUACGUCGUAGUUUACCCAUCUCGAAAACCUUGGAAACUUUAGAAUCGGUUCCAGGAAAAGUUCAUUAUUUUGGAGCAUCAGAUGUACGACCUUCGUCCAUUUCUCUGGAGUGGUCUCUUCCUAUUACCGACCAAAAUGGAAUUCUUACUGGAUUUAAAGUUACCUAUUAUGUUAAG